AUGACGAUAUCAUCGCUAUCUUCGAUCCACUCGACAUUCCAGCAUGUUUCAAUGACCAGUACUGAUAGCGAAGCAUCCCAGGUCUCACAGACGUCAAGUGAAACUCAGGCACUCUUAUCGUCUGAUUCGACAGCUGACAAAGGGACUAGGUCAGCUGGUCCUUCGACCGUCUCUAGUGUUCAAUCAACGUAUGAAUCCGGUUCUGUCAGCUCUACGGAAGUGCCAGCACAUUCCUCCGAGUCCGAUACCUCUUCUUCAGUGAGCUUGUCUGGAACAACUCCUGAAGGUACUGAAUAUUCAUUCACAGAAUAUUCGGGCAGCAGCCCGGGUCUGGGUACCACAGGCCCUGCAACUUACCAAUCACAACAACCAGCAAGCACUGCUUUUGCGACUACCUCCUCUGUGCCUACAACUCCAACACCAAAUUGGCUUCCUACUAGUAUUGUGUACCAAGAUCCGUCGACUGCAUCAGGAUCAUCACAGUCUAGUACCUCGUCGAUUGCAGAAUCAGCUUUACCAAAAGCGAUUUCCCCUGUUGCGACUGCGGCAGUGUCUCCUAAUUAUAAAUUGAUUACCGUGGGAUUCAAACAGGAACUGAACUAUCCGUUUGUUUGUGAAAACUCUUAUUCUUCGAAUCAGAUUUUCGAGUAUCUGCCCAAGGUGCUCACAUACCCAAAUCCCGAUGUGAAUGAGUCUGCUGUUUUCGUCAAACAAUUGGUCCCUUAUUCUUCUGCGAACGUUGACUACAUCAUCACUGUUGCAGAAGUUUACUUUGACCAAGAUUACAUCACUGUGUUACAAAAUCAAAUCAGUAAUUCCUCGUCAACACUCUACACGAAUCCAGAUGCAAUUCAAAAGUCGCUUGCCACAUACAUCGACAGCCGAGUCCCUAUAAAGGGGCUACUGGAUGCAACUUCAGUGGGGUCUGCAACUAUUGGAGGUGAUCUUUCGGGUACAGGAAAUGAUGAGGAUGAUGACGGACACGAUUCUCAGUCUUUAGGAUCUAUGGAUUCCUCCAGCCUAACUUCUUCUGGAUCAACAAAGGUACAAGGUGGUAGAAUAGCUGGGAUUGUUGCCGGCUCUGCUGCAGGUGCCACAGCCUAUGCGGCGGUCAUGGUACUUAUUUACAAACGAAGAAAGAAGAAGCUUCAAGAACAAUAUGAAUCCGAAAAAUAUCCAAAUGUUCAUGGCUCUGGUGAAUUCCGCUCGCUAAUGUUGUCCAGCGGCUCACCGGUUGAUGCUGAGCAAUACCAUUCUGACUAUUCAGACGACGGCGCCGUCCGCCUCACAAACUCUUCUUCCGGCGCAUCCUUUACUCGAAUGUUCACAAGAAACUCUAACUCCAAUGUCGAGCUGGGAUCAACCAGAUACAUGCCUUCCAUUUCCAAUCCCACCAAUGUGAAAAACUCGUUGGGUUGGUGA